GAUUUUUUUUUUUUUUUGUUUUGUUUGUUGCCCUGUCCCCCCAAAAGUCAGCUUUCAGUUGUACUUUUUCAAUUACCAAAUCACCGAAAGCAAGCAGAGAUCCGAAAUCCAUCCAGAACGAAACAAGACAGAAAGAGAGAGAUAGAUAGAGAGAGAGGGAGAGAGAGAGAGAGAGGGUCAAAACAAGAGUCGAAACGGAAAUUGGUAAGAGGAGAAAUAAACCAAAAACAAAAGCAACAACUGAAAGAAAAACAAGGGACAAGUGCAAAUGGCUCUGAAAGCCCCAAGUCUACAUGUUCCCCAUUUUCAUACCCGUGGAGACUUUCAAUUCAAGCGAGCAAAAAAAAUAAAGACGAAGGCUGGCAAAGAAACCGAAGUCGGAAGACCGAAGACCGAAGCCCGAAGAACCCGAAGACGGAGCUUCGAAAGCCCCCCAAUAAGAAGCCCCAAGUUGGCAAGUUGCGAGCGGUCUUCAAGUCGACGAGCGAUCAGUUUGAGUUUGUCCGUGGAAGCCGCCAGUUGUGGGUUUCGGUUCCGAUCGGUUGUCUCCGGUUCCUAUAUUGCUAUAUUGCUAUACUGCUAUAUGUUUUCCAUACCCUGAGAUAUAUUUUGUUUGCCAUUCGGAAUUGCUAGUGGUGUGGAACGUGGAACGUGCGUCCAGAUCGGUUCGUGUGUGCCCCUCCGUCCAUUCGAUUCGUUUGGUUCGUUCGUUCGUCGGUCUCUGAAAGCGAAAACUGGCGCUCAAGUUCAGUCAGCGAUUUGUCGAUUUCUAUGCAAAUCAUUACUCGGAAAAGAAACAGCACACAUAUAACCCAGAGUUGGAGUCCAAGUCGGAGACAAUAACAACAACAACAAUAACAACUAAAACAACAAUAACAAUCAGACAGAAAAGACAGCCAGAAAAAGAGCGUGCUAUUUUUAUUUCGCUAAAUGUCGACUCGAGGCUCACGUCGCCGGAGCAAAGCCAAAGUCUCCGUUUCAACUUGCGAGAGACUGUAACCCGAGUCGCUGCUGCAAAAAAAAAAAAAAAAAAAAAUAAAACAAAUAAAUAAAAAAAAUUGAAGAAAAAAAAGGCAGCAGACAAACAGAAACAGAUUGUAUCUGUAUCUAUAGUCGCGACUUGCGGCUCGUUUUGUGUGCGCACAUUCGUGUAUCUGUAUCUGCGGCCGAGCGCAAAAAAAAAAAAGGAAAAGUAAUCAUAAACUGUGGAAGGGAGGGAGGAAAAACAAAUAAAUAAAAAGAGUGCCGCUCCCCAGCCUCCUUAACUCAAAGUACUUACUCACUACUGAUAGACAGAUAGGACCCGAAAAGAUUUGUGGCGAAUUAGCUGAGUCGGUUUUCCGAGCGGCCGAGCGAUGUGAGUGGUGGCAUCGAUCUCGCCGAGAUUUUUGAGCAGGAAGUGGAAGCCAAGCAAAGAAAUUGCGAAUCCAGCAGCGAGCACCAUGGAAUACCUUUGCAUACUGAACGCCUUCGAGCAGAAUUACUACAAUCGCAUCAAGGAAAUCGAACGUUUGGCUGCCGCCGCGGCAGCUGCAACAUCACCCGCCUCAUCGACGGCCUCCACAUCCUCGGCUUCCUGUUCGAGCGGACCGUCCACCUCCUCAUCCGCCUCCUCCACAGCGAGUUCUCCAAGUUCUUCGGCUCAAAUGGCCGCUGCUGCUGCACUGGCGGCCACUCAAAGGUUGGCCGCUUAUCAGAGCCAUGGGGCAGGAACCCAGGGCCAAGGGGCCAUGUUCUAUCCGCAUCAUCCGCAGCAGCAGCAGCAACUGCAGCAGCAGCAGCAGCAACAGCAGCAGUCUAUUCAUCAUCAUCACCAGCAGAGUCUGCAUCGCCAGCAGCUGGAGCAGCUGCAACUGCAGGCGGAGUCCGGCAAUCAUCAGCAGGCACAUCCGCAGUCUGGCGGGGAUCAGAACGCCUCCUCCAUGGCCAACAGUUUGCUGUGGCAGCCGUGGCGGGACCUCCAGCAGGCCGCCGCCAUGCACCAUCAGCUCUACAGGCAGCAGCAGCAGCAGUUGCACAAAGAGAUGCGUGUGACUUCCAAGGAACUGCCCACCACCAAAUGGCGACGUGAUCGGCGACAGAGGACCGCCGAGUACCAGGUCCAUGAGGCUGGCAGCGGUGAUAGGGAGCGGGAACGGGAAAGGGAACGGGAGGAUCGGGAUAUGGACAGUCCCAUUGACAUGUCGGUGACAUCGGGAGCCUUGAAGCAGCGCGCCUCGCCACCGCCUCCGUACCGAGAGCCCCUUCCCGGAACCAAUUACGCGGCCAACAGCAGACCGAGCGUCAUCACCCAGGCGCCUCCAAAGCGGGAACCUCCGGAGCAGGCCCACUCCUCAGACAUGGCAAUGUGCGACAUUGACGAGCAUUUCCGGCGCUCGCUGGGCGAGAACUAUGCGGCCCUGUUCGCCAAGAAAUCGCCGACGCCCACGACCACGCCCACACCCACGCCCUCGCCCUGUGGAACGCCCAAGCAGCAGGUUUCGCCGUUGGCCUACGGACCACCCUUGUCAACCAGCACAACUUCAGCCACGCAAUUGUAUCAGCAGCAGCAGCAGCAGCACCGCUCGCCGUUGGCCAAGCCGGGUUUGGCCAUUCUGGAGCCGGGUUCGCCGCAAUCGGAACUGCCGCCGCCGCAGGAGGAACCGCUGCCCCUUUCGCUGGCCCUGAAUCGCACCCAAACGCCGCCAUCGCCGCCGCCCUCGGCCACGGGAUCGGGACCAGCGCUGCCGGCGGCCGUUAGCCAGGUGAUGGAGGCAGCGGUGGCCGCCAAGCGGAUCCUCGAUACGCCGCAUCACACGCCGCCCAGGUACAACACGCCACCACCACCGCCGCCGGCUUACGGAACAGUUGGAUCGACCGCUGUGACGCCGACUUUGACACCGACUCCGACUCCAGCUCCGAAUCCGAAUCCAAAUCCGAAUGUGAAUGCAAAUGCAAAUGCGAAUCCGACGCCUCCGCAGGUUCCCACGCCCACGACCACGCCCAGCAUGCCGGCCAUCAUUCGGGUGAAGGCUGAACCGGGACUUGCUGCAGCGGCCGCCUCGUCGACACAAACGCCACCGGCUUCGCCCACCUCGUCCACGAAUAUCUCGAUAUUCACCAAGACUGAAGCCUCGGUGGACGAUCAUUUUGCCAAGGCGCUUGGUCCCACCUGGAAGAAGCUGCAGGGCGGGCACAAGGACUAGAAUUAUAUCCCCCAACCAACCCUAAACAAAACAAAACAAAGCAAACCCAACCCAACCCCAGAUCCUCAAUGAUCCAACUCAAGAGCUGUUUUUAUUAUAAAUAUUUCAAACUACACAAUUAACGUUUAAAGAUCUCAAGCUGAUGUGAACGGAAAUUCUUCAACUGCGAGUGUAUUACAAGUUUCUGAUAUAUAAUGAUUUUAUUGAAUAUUGAUAACGGUUAGCGUGGAUAUAUAUAUGGAUAUAUAUGUGUAUGGCAAAGUGUAUACGUACAAGUGACAAAAUUUUGUAUUCUUAAUGCUUAGUUGGUAGAGACUAAUCCUUAAUAAUAUACCUAUUAAACAUAAGUGAACAAUCCUA